UGUGACUGGUCGUUAACUCACUUCUAGCGCAACCUUAGUCCAAGAUUUUCAUCUUGUCUCUACGGUGAAGAUGUGCCCAGGAAAAUCAAUUUUAAAGAAAUAACUAUGAAUUAAAAUCACUUGGACAGUUCUGUGAUUUAGCGAGGCUUCAUUACCUUGGUUGGCUAAUUCAGGUACUGGAAAUCAGGAUUUUUCUUGGUACACUAUUUUCAAAAGAGAUUUAAGGAAAACAGGAUUUGACCUUUCCAAGUUGGUCCACCCCUCGUUCGGAUGGCAUUUUUGGACUCGCAAUUCAACAAGGCCAGUCUAUCCCAAAUAAAGAACACGAUCCGAGAAUUAAGUGGAAGAGUCGCCGGUUGGAGUUGCGAAUCAAUGAUGCCCCACAGAGGACCGGGUGGAGUCAACCAACUCGGAGGUGUUUUCGUCAAUGGCCGACCUCUACCGGACUAUAUGCGACACCGAAUUGUUGAGUUGGCUCACUGUGGCGUCCGACCAUCGGAGAUCUCCCGUCAGCUACUCGUGUCUCACGGGUGUGUGAGCAAAAUUCUCGGAAGAUAUUACGAGACAGGCUCGGUACGGCCCGGAGCGAUCGGAGGCAGUAAACCAAAAGUGGCUACUCCACGAGUUGUGUCGAAGAUUCUCGCGUACAAGGAAGAAAACCCUUGUAUUUUUGCGUGGGAGAUCAGAAAUAACCUGCUGAGUGAGGGAGUCUGCGACAAAAGCAAUGUACCGAGUGUCAGUUCCAUCAACAGGAUUCUGCGCAAUGCAGCUUCGGAGAAAGAACAACGCACGGCGCACGAGAAAGCAAAACAGCACGUGCAACAUCUUCAGCAGCAGAUUCCAAAUGCACCUCAGAUGAAUGGGUUUCAAGCUCAAAUUGGUUUCGCUCUACCACACAACGGCCAGACAGCACUACCGACCACUCUUCAGACCCUUGCACAACAGCUGCCUAAUCCGCAUCCCGUGUCACAAGUUCCAACUCCUGUCGAGAAACCCACACACGCUCCAGAGGUUGUACAGAGCGUGGAAAAGAAUGACAAUGAACAUCAAGGCACGCCACAAAACGGCACGGAUCACAACGGGAAAUCAGAAACAGAAUCAAAACAGAAUGGUCACCCAGAGGGCGAGAUUGGAACAGUGGGUGAGGAACGCAAGAGAAAACACGAUGACACACCCGUGAUUGGGGACCAAAGCGACGAGGACCUCAAGAAAGAGAGCAACGGUACAACAGACGUAAAUGGAAACGAAGGCCCAGACUCUAAGAAAAGAAAACUUGGACACAUUGAGAAUGGGCAUAAGACUGAAGUGCCCGUGUACACUCGCGUAUCACCGACAUGGAUCAAGUACAACCCAGUGAUUCCAAGUGGAUUCGCCAUUGCAAGCAGUCUUAAUGGCUUGAACGCAAUCGCUGGCGACCUCAAUGGAUUAAACGUCAACGUAAAUGGCAUGGGCGGUUUGAAUGGUGUCAACGGGCUGGGAAGCGUUGGGGCGGUAAACGGAUUGAACAGCAUAGCACAGAUGAACGCUGUUAAUGGGAUGAACGGAAUGAAUGGAAUGGGAAAUGGUUUGGGGAAUGGAAUGAGUCUAAUGAACGGGAACAAUGCCAUCAAUGGAAUCAAUGGUCUGGCGGGUAUCAGCACCAUAAAUGGGAUUAACACUUUGGGCAACAUCAGCUGUCACAAUGUCAACGGAAUGAGCGCCAUCAAUGGGAUGCACUCAAUGAAUGGGAUAAAUGGCCACAGCAAUGGAGGAAUGGCACACCCUGGUAUGGACCAAGAUCGGUCACUUGGACAGAACGGAAUCAACGGCCACACAGAGAAUGUCCACUGGUCGCCACCUUACCCUAUGGUCUGUCUUCCAGAUUCAAAUAAUUCCAAUGGAAUUACCCAAACUAAUGGUAUAAAUAAACAAGAUUCAUUUGCACCACAGAUUGCCUUUCAGAUAACCAACACGCCUAGACCAGACCUUCAGAACAAUUCUGCCAACUCAACCACUGUAUGUACGUCGGUUUUCGCACCCAUAACAACGGCAACGCCAAGAAAUCACUCCCUUACCAUGGCAAAUCCCUUGACCAAUGGCAUUCAAGCCAUGCAGUUUUCUCGACCAAUGGCGACCGAAUUUACACAGCCAAUCAUGAAGAUGAUGGCACCAGCCACAUUCCUGCCAUUAAGACCGUCUGGAAUAACCUCCCUUGAUACCAUAACUCAUGGGUGAGCAAACACGCAGGAAAAAAGCGAUGGGAAACAAGGCAAAAGUUGAUGGCGUUGCCUUUUUGAGGAAUCCAAGUCCUUCGACAAGCAUUUUGGAGAAAAUGCGCAUCCAUCCUUUCAUGUAUCCUAAAAUUUUGUCAAGCACGUAAGAUGUCAUUUCUCCUUCAUGAGAGGUGAUCUCUUUUGUUUACGACAGGGAGAAAAAUCGAUUUAUUUUUCAAAAACAUGUUCGAAACAGGAAUGUUAUUUUCCAACAAAUUCGGAGAUAUCCUUUACAAGAAAGGUUACUUAUUCAAAUCUUAUUUUAUCUUCACCAUAAAGGUAAGCGUUCAUUAUAUGAUAUAGUCAGUAUUUAGAAACACUUACACUGUGAAGUGUUUACAUGUAUUACGACUAACAGACCGGUCAACUUAUACACGAGUUUUUUGUCCUAUUGCUAGCUGAUAUCCUUACAAUUCAGAGACCUGUUAACGUUACCUGUCGAGUCUAACCGUAGGUGCGGUUUCAGUCGUGUCUUAUUCAUGUUCUAACUCGCCCUCACGCAACUAUAAUUUGAAAUGAUCGUAUUGAACAAACUCCAACGUCACAUAAAGUAUAUAAAUUUAAAUCAUGAUUAGCGAACAGUCGGAAAUUAAUUUUACUUCCUAGUAUUGAUUAAUAUAUAUAUAUUUCGGCUUCUCUAAAAGGAAACUCUUUUUAAGCCAUAUAUGCAAAUGCAGAAAAAGUGGUUUAACCCGCUACGCUUUCAGCUGGUCAUGAAGCUCGAUUGGCUAUAAUUGCAGUGUGUCACAAUAACGUAUUCAUUUCCCAGAAGCCACAAACAUACGAAAUUCCCACUGAAGAUGAUAAUGUGAAGUUUGAAGUCAAAAUAUUACUGCAUCUUCCUUUUUAAUUUUUCCCCAUCGUUUUAAACUCGUCAUACCAGCUAAAACUGCUUUAGCAACUUUGAACUAACAAUGCAUGCAUAUCCUACUCAUCCAUUUUAUUAAUCGCCUUUGCCUUCGAUGAGUAAUUAACCAAUGAAAUCUGUAGUUGGUUUCUCAGUAGCUUUUACACAGUUAUCAUGACUUCACCAAUGUUGAUAAAAAGUAAUAGCAAGUUUUAAAGUUUUUGUGCUUCGCGGCGCGCGCUGAAGGGCUCCGCUAUUAUUCUGAAGCAAUGUAAAGAGAACACAAAUAUUCAACUGCCUAAUAAGGCCUCCUCUAAAUUUUAAUUCACGAAUAAAAAAUCGAGGAAUAAAUUAAUAAUGAGUUAGUUAUCGAGAGAAAAAUAGUACAGGAAGCCAACUGCUUCUUGCCAUAACCAUGCUUGACGCUGAUACAAUUGUGUAGGCGCGAUGAUCGAUCUCCUACCUUUUCAGUUUGUUAAUGCUUGAGUAAGUUUGUUGCGCUUGUUUAUUCUAUAUAAAUAAGCCAUUUUCACUUUCGCUUUGCUGUAUAAAAGUAGACAUAAAUUGAGUAGUUUCCUUACAAAACAAAAUCAUUGAGAAUGAGGUAAGUGGGUCAAACUCAUGAAAUGGAAGAUGAUAGCAGGGAAGCUUUUAUCUGAUUCUUAGAUAUUGCAGAGGAACUUUUCCAACCGAAUGAAAAGUAGAAACUCAACUUCUGACCCAUACACCUACAGCCAAAUCAAGUGGAAUGCAAGGGGAGGUUAAAUUGAUGUUCUAACUUGUAGGUUGCCGCUAAUUAGUGUAUACUACACAAGUGAAUAAUGCAAUAAUGCUUUUUGUGCGCGCUGAUUGGCUGGUUCGCAAGUGAUUAGUAAGUGCUGUUCCAAAAAACCGCAGAGACAAAAUCGCGCGUCGAAUAUUGAAUUUCCAACAAUUUUUUGGCAUAUUUAUUGAAAUAAACUGACUACUUUUUGGUUUCUGUGUGGUAUAUACUAAACCAAUUAUUAACCUCCGUGUUGGUAAAGGUGGUGGAUGUGCAUCUCACUGCUCCGCUGCUCAGUAAAUAUUUAAUGCUAUUCAAUUUGAGUUCUCCUAAGCAAUUGUAUUGGUUUUGGUUUUACGACACUGAGUCGAAAAGAGCCCUAAUACUCACCAAACAAAAUGCAAAGAUCAUCAGUUUUUCUAUCCCACGACACAUUCUUCCUGAUUUCUUUGUAGUAACUUACGUACACCUUUCUUAGUAAUAAGUUUACAUUCAGCCCAACCAGUGUCAUGCUAGGCAUGCCGGGUAACAUGGCGGCUAGCCCGCUGGGGAACUGGAUGAGAAUGUACAAAGUGUUUAUCAAGAGAGAAUAUAUUUUUCCAUAUUGCGUUAUAUAUCAGAUAUUAAUAAAUUAAACAAUGUUCUCAAAUAACUUUACUUCAAAUAAUUCUGAAUUCUUUAUUUGUUAUUGUUAGGUUCUGUGAUCAGUGAACUUCUUUCAAAGAAAAUCUUUCGCUGUCUACAAAUCAGAAGUAGUUUAAGUCCAUCGUUUCAUUUUGUUUUUCGUUGUUUUCUCUUGGCAGAACAUCAGCAUACUCGUUUUAGUUUUUAAAAAAGAAAGACCAUCCAAGUUUCUAUGAAAGAAGUUCGCAAAAUCAUGCUUAUUAUUACAGUUGAAAGACGCAUUCUUUAUUAGAGAAACAAGCGAAAAAAUUGUAUUUAAAUUCUAGAAUAUUGCAAUCAACGUGGUUGCAGAUUGUUUAUUAGACGAAAUGUGUAAAGAUCAUUGAGGAAGCUUAAUGAAAAAUAUUUAAACCGUU